CUUGCACUUCACGGAAGAGCACUUCAGAGUCCGAACCUCCGUGUCCGAUAGGCGCAAGGACGAACCGGGACCCCCUGACUCCGGAACCUGCCGGACCCACCGCGGCCAGAGGACGGGUUCUGGCCGGGCGGCGCAGCGACAUGCCAGCCGGACGCGCCUGAAGCCGCGCAGACAGCAGCGCAGCUCCGGGAGGAGAAACACGGGAGACAUGGCCCACGUCGGCAACGGGGCGGCCGCCGAGGAGGAGGACUGCUUUGAGGAUGCCUUCGAUCGGAUUCCUUCGGCGUGUCAGAUGGACCUGCAGACUGCCAUCCAGGAGACUCAGUGCGCUCUCAACCUGGUGCUCAACAACAGGUUCUCUCAGGCUCUGGACCUGCUCAAGCCGUGGUGGAAGCACAGCAUGUACCACGCUCUGGGCUACAGCAGCAUCCUGGUCAUGCAGGCCACCAUGACCUUUGACCAGAAGGACAUCCAGACGGCCAUGGAGACCAUCAAGCAGGCGCUGCAGACCUGCCACCGGUUCAGAAAGAGAAACUCGGUGGUCGGUUCUCUGUCCAGCCUGAUCAGCAAGCAGUCCAACUUACAGGAAGAGGAAAUGCAUGCAGAGCUCUGCUAUGCUGAAUGCCUUCUGCAGAAAGCAACGCUCACUUUCAUCCAGGAUGAGAACAUGAUCAGUUUCAUAAAAGGAGGAAUCAAGAUUCGAACAAGCUACCAAAUCUACAAGGACUGUCAGAACGUGCUGAACAUCAGCCAGGACAAGGCGGAGCAGUUUAACUCCUUCAGACAGUUUGAGGGCGGAGUCAAGCUGGGCAUCGGCUCUUUUAACCUGAUGCUGUCUCUCCUUCCUCAGAAGGUUUUACGGUUGUUGGAGUUUAUUGGCUUCUCAGGAAACAGGAGUUUUGGUUUGUCUCAGCUGAGGGAGGGAGCAGCCAGCCAAAGUUUGCGUUCGAUAAUCUGUGUGCUGACUCUGCUCUUCUACAACACUUACGUGUCGCUGAUCCUGGGAACGGGGGAGGGAAACCUGAUGGAGGCUGAAGCUCUGCUGGAGCCAUACCAACAAAAAUACCCCAAAGGCUCCAUAAUCCUCUUCUACUCCGCGCGUAUCGCCACCCUGCGAGGAAACUUUGAGAAGGCGCGGUCCAGGUUUGAGGAGUGCAUCAGCAGCCAGCAGGAGUGGAAGCAGAUCCACCACCUGUGUUACUGGGAGCUGAUGUGGACCCACUCCUUCCAGCAGGAGUGGCAGCAGGCGUACCGAUACGCCGACCUGCUGUGCAAAGAGAGCCGCUGGUCAAAGGCGAUCUAUAUGUACCAGAAAGCAGCGAUCCUCAGCAUGAUGACGGAGGACGACGUGAGGAAGACUGGAGAAGACAUCGUAGAAAUCUUUAGGCAGGUGGAGGGGCUGAAGCAGCGGCUGGCCGGGAAGUCCAUCCCCAUGGAGAAGUUUGCAGUGAGGAAAUCCAGGCGCUACAAAGCUGCUCAGCCCGUCCCGCUGGUCGUCCCCGCUCUGGAGAUGAUGUACGUCUGGAACGGGUUCACCAUCGUCGGGAAGAGAGCCGACUACACCGAGUCUCUGCUGGUCACCAUCGAGAAAGCUGAGCUGCAGCUUCGCAACGAAACAAAUCCGUCCGAGUUCCACCCAGAUGACAGCAGCCUGGUCCAGAUGUUGAAGGGUCUCUGCCUGAAACAUCUGGGCCGGUUGCUUCAGGCUGAGCUCUGCUUCACACAGGUUCUCUCCAGCGAGAGUCGCAUCAGGUACGACCACUACCUGAUCCCGUUCUCCCUCUACGAGUUGGGUCUGCUGUACAAACAACAGGGCGACUUCGUUAAGGCCGCCACGUACAUUGAGAAAGCCAAGAUGAACUACAAGGAUUACUCCAUGGAGUCCAGGCUUCAUUUCAGGAUCCACGCGGCGCUCAGCAGCCUGAAAGGUUCGCCGGUCAGCACGCCGUGACCUCAGCUGGAAAACCUCACGCUUCAACAUUCACACUACCUGAUGCUUUCAGCUCCAUAAACCUGACUGAGCUGCAGGCGCAGCUUUCUCUCUGUCAGUUUAUUCUGAAGUUAAUGAUCCUUUCAGGAAGUCAGAUUAGAUUUGUUCACAAAUGGUUCUGCUGCAUCUUUGAUCACCAAAAAGCACAAAGUAAAAACCAAACUUAUUAUUCCAAAAGAGACCAAAACUUCUGGACAAAAUGACAGACGGGGUUUUAAUUUCCUGUCUUUAGCUUUAUUUUACUUUAAUUAUUUUUUGAAGACAGAAAUAGUGACCCUACACUACAAUAAAUGAUAAUAAAAUGUGUAUUUUUAGGAUAAAGUGCUAAAUUACAAAACAAAUGGUGAAACCCUGAAGUCAGUCUAAGAGGAGAAACGUCUGUAGAUCUACAGGAACGUCUGUAGUUCUGUAGAAACGUCUGUAGUUCUGUAGAAACGUCUGUAGUUCUGUAGAAACGUCUGUAGAUCUAUAGAAACGUCUGUAGUUCUACAGAAACGUCUGUAGUUCUAUAGAAACGUCUGUAGUUCUAUAGAAACGUCUGUAGUUCUAUAGAAACGUCUGUAGUUCUAUAGAAACACGUCGUUCUACGCAGUCACAGCCUUUUCACCACUGGUGGCCUAAACAAAGCAGCUGAAUUCACUCAUUCCAAGCUCUCACACACACACAGGCUGUUAUGCACAUCUGAAGGAGAUUACACACACAAACGGCAGAAAUUGCACAUUUUUAGCAGCCAUAUUAGAUUUUUCUGUUCUUGUUAUUGGAUGAUUUGUCAGGUUUCUGUCGGGUUCAUGCUGAGAAGCCGAAGGGUUUCAUUUAUUGUUGAGUUUCUCAAAUACAGAGCAGCUUUUGAUUCAGUCAAGGGUUUCUGCACCACUUGUUAGCUUAGCAUGUAGCUACCAGUUUUUGGAGUUAGUCACCAGGACCUCUGUAACUUCAUCAAUGCCACAUUUUAACAACUUUUAUUCUUAAAUAUUGACCCGGUGGGGUUCCACAGGGUCCGGCACUCGGACCAUUUCUAGUGUCGGUUCCUCUAAAUGAAAUGAAAACCCAACUUACAGACAACAGCUGCUGUUCUCCAGACACGGCAGACGACUUUCAGAAAAGGCAAAAAACUCAAAAUAAUUUUAUUCACAGUCCAAUAUUAUUAAACUGCAACAAGGAAACUCGACAUUAUCGUCUUUAUAAAACACGUCAGCAUUAACAUUGAUUAAACAUGGAGUUCCACAAGGCUGUGUAAUUGGUACGCUAUGUUUUAAAUGGACUUUUUGAAGUUGAAUAAAUAUUUUCAUUGCUGUUAUAAAUGAAAUACAGAAAAUUACAGACUAACUAACUAACUUAACGAAGUCGAUGACGGUUGAUAACAGAUGAGAAGGUGAGGAAUAAGAAGCAUCUCGUUGUUACAACGGCUCGGUACCAGAACGUCUGUCGUUCAGUAUUACAUGGUACAAUCAAUCUACUCCUUGAUUAGCACUUUGAAAAUACUAAUAAUAAUAUUAGGAAGUUUGACUGCUAAUGAGAUUAAAGCAUAAUAUUUUCACUGAAAAAAGAAACUCGGAGGCGUUUUAGGAAACAUUUUUAGAACAAAACUAUUGAUUUUAAACGAUGAAGCAACAGGAAGUGGAUUCUUUAUCACUUCAGAGAGAUUAUUUUAUUAAAAUUCACACUUUUGCUGCUCCGUCUCUGAGAAAUAACAACGUCACCCUCAGGGCUGCUCAGCCCUCGAAGGUUUGAAGCUUUAAUUUUAUUUUAUUUUUGUAAUGUUUUGAACAAACAUUGCCUUUUUGUUUUCUGCUUUGUUGCUUUAUAGCCUGAAAUAUUCUGUAAAUCCUACAGACAUUUAGAUCAAAAGUGUAUAUAUAUAUAUGGACAUGGAGAGCGACUUUAUAGUGUAUCAAUAAUGUAAGCAAAUCUAUUUUCUCCAAAACAAAAAUAAUAAUUCUACGUGUUUUAGUCCAAUGAGAUUCUGAGGGAGGAAAAGCCUCAGAGGUUUAUGGAUUCAUAGAAAUGAUGGAAAUCUAUUUUUGUUAUGUUCAUUUCUGCUUCCAUUUAAAGCAUCAAACCGCUGAUCGUCUCUGAUCGUUUCUGAUCGUUUCUGAUCGUUUCUGAUCGUCUCUGAUCGUUUCUGAUCGUUUCUGAUCGUUUCUGAUCGUCUCAACAACUUGAUGCUUCCAGUUCAGGAAACUUUGUUCGUAGUGAUUAUGAAGGAGUCGCGGCAACGAACCGAGUCUGAGUGAGAAAUGCUCCUGGAAACAGGAAAGGUCAAAGGGCAAACUCCACUUGUUUUUAAUUUGGUUGUGAUAAAACUGAUGGGAUGUUGUUUCCUUUUUUUAACAAGUAGAAGUUUUUAUUUGACCGUCUUGAUUGAAUAAGAUUUAGAAUAAAUGGAGUGAAAAUAAAUCUUGUUUAAUUUGUUUUGUAACAAAACACUGAAAAACAGGAUUUCUGUUUAUUUUUGUUUAUUGUGGUUAAAUGAUGAGUUCAGGAUUAUUUAUGGUUUAUGGAGAAAAUUAAGAAGUUAAGAUUUUAACUGAUAAAACAGUUUGUUAGAAAAUUAAAUAUUUUUACAUUUUUAUUGAAACUGUUUUCAUGUUUUCACAAAUAAUCGGUUAAAAAUUAAUAAAUUAAUCACCACUGGCUUAGUGCAAACUAAAAAACAAGAGCCAGGAGGCGUGUCUUAGCGCUGUUAAUCAACCGCUGUGUGACGCUGCUCAUCCGCCUCUCUCAAUGCUAGUUAGCCUAGCCACCGAUGACAUCAGGUAAACAGUUUUCCUGUAACAAUCAGCUGUUUCUUUGCCAUCAGCAUAUUUAACAGCGAGUUCAUGAGGGUGAUUGACAGCGCUAAGCCCCGCCUCCUGGCUCUGAUUCUUUACUUUUGGUGCAUUUCUUCAGAUAGCAGCUCAGAGAGAUCAACCUUUUCACAGAUGAUCUCAUAACAAACAUAAAAAAUCAUCUUAAUAAAAAUGACGUUCUGCAGCUUUAAAUGUUUUUGCAGUUUCAUUUCUGUUUGACUCGUUUUGCUGCCUCGACCUUUGACCCCUGUGAGUGUCUCUUGUUGUUUUGUCCAGGUGAUGAACGUCGGUGCCUCUGUGUGUGUCUGGUCUCCAUGUCCAGGAUGUUGCAUGUUAUUUAAUAUAAUCUUUGGUUUUUCUUGUCCUGUUGAGAUCAAGGCCUUUUAUUUGGUGCAAUAAAGUGAAACGGGAACAUUGUUCAGUU